AUGGAUGCUGCCUUGAUAGCACGUGAGUGUGUUGAUACUAGAUUGAGAGGUAUGGAUCCUGGAAUGGGAUUUGGCAGCAGAUGGCUGAAACGGAUUGAAUUCUGCAUCAAAACUACUAGGUUCUUAAUUCUGGUUAAUGGAGAAUCAGCUGGGUUUUUUCAAGCAGAGAGGGGGCUCAUACAGGGAGAUCCCCCAUCACCCUUCCUCUUUAUCGUAGCCAUGGAGGAUUUCAAUAGCAUACUGAAGAUUGCCGCUCAGAACAUAUGGUUACAAGGCUUUAGAAUUGGAAAAUGGGCAGAUGUGUGA